AUGGCCCCCAUACAUGAUGUCGACAACAAUGAAGGCCAACCAACACAUCCUGCAGAUUGCCUGGCUCUUGGAUCAGGCCCCUCAGGCGGCCGGAAUCUAUGCUCGACGCAGGCGGGCAUUGGCGCGGCGGUGUCGAUUUUCUCGCUGAAGCCACUCGAGGAGCUGCCCCAUCUCCACGUCCGCCAGUCACUUGAGGAGCUGCCCCAUCUCCACGUCUCUCAGUCCAAGCCUGAUGCCGACGAGGUGGUAGAAAGCCCGAUCCUGGACAGCGCCGCAGAAGCCCGACGGUCAACCGGCAACAUCCUCAGCCACGCUGUGAUGGAAAAGUUGCAGCGGUACAGCCGCCUUAAACUACAGGUGAUGGCAUUGGAAGCGGAAGAUUGGUUGUUCAAGAGCGGCAAGCGCUGGCUUACCCUUGGUAGACCUUGGUAA